AGUAAAUUAUCAAUAUUAAGAGGUAACUAAUUCUAACUUCUUAAGGAUGUUUCUCAAUUUUGCCUUAUUUUUAUAGUUUGACCAAUGAAUAACCACUCCUUCCAACCAGAAUGUAAAUUCAAAAUCCUCCCCAAAUUGGUCUAUGAUUACAGUUUCCCUAAAAUUUUGAAGACCAAUGCCAACUUCCCUAAAAACCUGCAUUUCUCCCUCUUAAAAUGCCUAAAUAGUAAAAGCUUACUCAUACAUUUAUUCACCAAGAUGGUAAUUAAUAAUCUCAACAAGGUUUAGAGAAAGUGUAGUAAUAAGGUUCCUUAAAAGUGAUUUUUUAUUUGUUCUGUUAGAAAAUUUUUUUUUGGUGGAUAACAUGGGUAUCUGGGCCUUUAGCCUGGGUAGUUGCAAAACACCCCAUCCAAAGCAAAGCUCCAUCUAAUGUGGCUUGGUCGUGGAGUUGCUCAGCAAGUGGUGGCAUCUGGAUUAAGGUGCAUUGUGAGCAACCAGGAUAAGUGGUACUUGCACUACUUGGACACCACUUGGCAGGAAUUCUAUAUGAAUGAACCACUCACAAAUAUUACAAACUCCAAGCAACAGAAGUUAGUUAUUGGUGGUGAGGUAUGCAUGUGGGGUGAAUACAUUGAUGGGUCAGAUAUAGAACAAACCAUAUGGCCACGUGCUGCAGCAGCUGCUGAGCGGCUAUGGACACCAUAUGACAAGCUUGCCAAGGAUGCAAGUGAAGUUACUGGAAGGUUGGCUUAUUUCAGAUGUUUACUGAAUCAAAGAGGAGUUGCUGCUGCUCCAUUAUCUGGACCAGGCCGAGUUGCCCCUUUUGAACCAGGUUCCUGCUACGUGCAAUAAGAAGUUGAAGCACUGGAACAACUCCUAGUUGUAAAAAACCAAUUUGGCUGUAAAUUGAAAAAAGGCCUCAGUUUAAUGUACCUCAUACUGGUGGAUGCAUCGCACCUGUUAAAGAUCAGGUAGUUUCUACCAGUUGCUUUCUUCAAUUUCUUCAGCAAAAAGUUAUUAUGUCCUUCUACAAUUGAAGCACAGCUUGAAAAUUCAAACUAAAUGAAUGGAUCUUUUCAUC